AAACAUAACAAGGGGCACUCCAUUUUCUCAAAGGUUUAGGGCACAAACACGCUCAUCCAAUUUCACUCUCACAAUUCACAAAUUCGUUCUUCAAUGGCGGAUUCCGUCUCUUCUACAGCAACCCUACCACCCAAUCCCCAACCCUCCGAAUCCGGACCUCCGAACCAACCCGAUCCACUUCCCAAAUCCUCAACGCCACCACCAUCCACUCCCCUCGCCACAAACCCUAAUCCCAAUCCAACGUUACUACCUCCGCCGCCCACCGUAUUAUAUGCUCCGCCGCAACUUCCCGGCGUUCUCCCUCCGUCCGUGCCGUCAUUUCGGCCACUAGCUCCUCAAUUCUCUCCCGUCCCGGCGCCAAACCCGGCCUUUCAAAACCCUAAUGUUCCACCUCCCGGCGUGGCCAGCGCCGCCGCGGUUCCGGUGCCGCAGAUGCAGCCGAUGAUGUCGUACCAGGUUCCUCCCGGCCAGCCGGCGAACCCGACCCUGCGUCCCUUCGCUCCGAUGCCAAACGGUUACGCCGCAGCUCCGCAAGGGACCGUUCCUCCCGCGGUGUCUUGAUUGAAUUCGGUGAGAAAGGUUCGAAGGCUUCAUAUUGCUUAAAGACACCUCUCUACAACUCAUUUUUUGGUAUGCACAUAUUUGCCUGGUUUCUUGAUUGUUUUGUCUUUUAUUAAAAUUGGGAAUCAACAUUAUACAGAGUGACAUUCACAAUUAAGAAAAAUAAAAAGUAGAGUAAUUGUUCUUUUGUCGAUCUAAAUAAUGUAUGGUUGUGUCGUGCUUAUUUUAGUAGGCCACUUUCUGCUAGUUAUAAGAGUACUUUCCCUUCGAGCCGAUCAUGUUUGCAACUGAAUGCACGUUGGCCUUGUGUCAUGAGGUAUUGCAAUCUUUUCAAUUCUCUUUUCUCUCUAUUGAAGUUUCAUUCCAUUUUUUAUGCUGCAACGUGGGCUGCUAUAUAUAAGAAAGAACUUAUAACUCAAUUAGAGUUUCUUCUUAGUAAACCAUGCAUACAUGAGAUUGUGCAAGUUACUGUUUGCAAUUGGUGGAUGGGAUAGUUUGAGAAGCCUUCCAUGUUGCAAGUGGUCAGACAAAGGUAAGUAUUUUUUACAUGUCAGUAAAUUUCUAGAUAGCAUUUCUUAUUGUUAUCUUCAGGUUGUCACUUCAGCUGGUGAUUGUUGGCUGUGCUGCCUUCUCUGUUAUGCUUUUGAUGUGUGGUAACCGCAUUCCAUUGUUCUUGUCGCAUUUUUUUCUGCAUAUAUCUUUAAUGUUGUAUUGAUUUGCUUAUGGUGUAAAUAUAUUCACUCAUCAUCUGCUCUAAUAUAUUUGCAUAGAUUUUUUUUCUACUUUAUACAGGAAUUCCUCGUUACCCGCCUCCAUAUGGAACUAUGGUCCGGCCUGUUUAUCCUCCACGGCCUCCUGGAGCAAUUAAUGUACCUCCAAUAUCACGCCCACCAGUUGCUGGGAUCCCUGCAGUUCGCCCUAUUAUUCCUCCUGUUGUCAGACCUGUGGUUGCCCCCAGUGUUACUCCCACUGAAAAGCCUCAAACCACAGUUUACAUUGGCAAGAUUGCACCAACUGUGGAAAAUGAGUUCAUGCUAUCUCUUCUUCAAUUAUGUGGACCUAUCAAGAGCUGGAAACGUCCUCAAGAUUUAUCAACUGGAACUCCUAAAGGUUUUGGUUUGUAUGAGUUUGAGUCUGCAGAAGGGGUUCUCCGUGCCUUGCGUCUCCUUACUAAAUUGAAUAUUGAUGGGCAAGAACUAGUGGUCAAUGUGAAUCAAGCUAUGAAAGAAUAUCUGGAGCGGUAUGUUAAGAAAAAACCUGAGAACUCAGAGAGCAAAGAAACUCAAACAGGAGUUGAUAAAAAUGAUGAAGGUGCAAAACCGUCUGAUGCCAAUGAGGAUGCAAAGCCUAAUACAGAUCACUCAAAUAAAGAGGAUAAUGAAACUGGGAACAAGGAAUCCCAUGAUGUGGCAAACUUUGGGAUUAUCACUGAUGAAGAUAGAGAAGCUGAUCGCGAGGCUAUAGAAAAGAUCACAAAAAUGAUAGAGGAAAGGUUGAAGACAAGACCUUUGCCUCCACCACCUCCACAGCCUACUGGCGAUGUCUCUGUGAAUUUAACUUCAGAACAACCUGCUAAAACAAGAGAUGGAGACUCUGAUGUCGAUACAGAGAAGAAUGAAACAGCUGAAAAUAAAAAUGAGAGAGAGACAAACAGUGACAAACCAACUGGUGAACAUGAUAGGCCUGAAACCCCUGAGAGAAGGCAUGACAGGAAAAGCAGAGAGAGAGACCGAGACAGGGAACUAAAACGAGAAAAGGAAAGAGAACUUGAAAGAUAUGAAAGAGAAGCAGAACGGGAACGUAUUCGGAAAGAGAGGGAACAAAGACGGAGGGUUGAGGAGGCUGAGCGCCAGUAUGAGGCAUAUUUGAAGGAAUGGGAGUAUAGAGAAAGAGAGAAAGAGAAAGAACGCCAGUAUGAAAAGGAGAAGGAAAAGGAAAGGGAACGCAAACGGAGAAAGGAGAUACUUUACGAUGAAGAGGAUGAGGAUGAAGAUUCUAGGAAGAGAUGGCGUAGAAGUGUGCUAGAGGAGAAGAGAAAGAAGAGGCUGCGCGAGAAGGAAGAUGACCUGGCAGACAGACAGAAAGAAGAGGAAGAAAUUGCUGAGGCCAAAAAGAAGGCUGAGGAGGAACAGAAGCAGCAGAGGGAUGCAUUGAAGUUAUUAUCUGAGCAUGUGGUAAAUGUUGCUGAUGAAAAUAUGGCUACUGAAGAGAUUAAUACUGAAGUCAAAAGCAUUGUAGCUGAGCAUGAUACUGUGGCUGAUUAUAGUCGUGAAGGUCAUAUUGAUGAUGGUAAUUCGUUUAACAUCAAUGAUGAAGCAACCGUGGCAUCUGUUGCUACAACUGAUACACAGUCAAGUGGGAAUGCUCCUACAAAAAAAUUGGGAUUUGGUCUAGUUGGUUCGGGGAAAAGAACAACCGUCCCUUCUGUUUUCCAUGAAGAGGAGGACGAUGAUGCACACAAGGACAAAAAAAUGAGGCCUUUGGUUCCAAUUGAUUACUCAACAGAAGAGUUGCAGGCUGUUCAACCUAAUGCUUCUGGACCUACGCCACCAAAUCUGGCUGCAGCUGCAGAAUUUGCUAAGCGAAUAUCCAGUACAAAUUUCAAGGAAGAGAAGCUGGAUGGAGAACGGGAUAGAAGUAGGCGUUCAAAUGAGAAGUCAAACCAUCGGGAUAGGGACAGGAGUGAUGAAGAUGGCAUUCACAACAGAGAUGAAAACAAGGAGAGAAAUCCUGACCGUGACAGGGAUCGAGAUCAUGGAUCAGAGAAACUUAAGACUUCUGAUAACAAAAGGCUCUUGGAUGCGAAACAAUUAAUUGAUAUGAUACCAAAAACCAAGGAGGAGUUGUUCUCAUAUGAGAUAGACUGGGCGGUGUAUGAUAAGCACCAAUUACAUGAAAGAAUGAGGCCUUGGAUUUCGAAGAAAAUCAAAGAGUUUUUGGGAGAAGAAGAAAAUACAUUGAUAGAUUAUAUUGUUUCCAGUACACAAGAACAUGUGAAAGCUUCCCAAAUGCUUGAGCGUCUUCAGAUCAUUUUGGAUGAAGAGGCAGAAAUGUUUGUUCUCAAGAUGUGGAGGAUGCUUAUCUUUGAAAUAAAGAAAGUAGAGACAGGGCUAGCUUUGAGGUCAAAAUCAUGAUUCGUUGAUUGUAUGUUCCUUGUUUCCUUUUCUACUGAAUUGAUAUUUUUAUCAUCAUCCGCAUCCCAUGUCAAGUCUUUACGCUAAAUUGUAAAAUGGCUUUAUAAUCAUAAAUGGUUUAAU